AUGAGUGAUACAACAUACGCAAGACGACGUGACAUUGAAGACCGCUUUGGCUUGUCGGAGUCUUUGGGACAUUUUCAUCGUUCAGUCAGUGAAGGGAUUCCUCAAAGACAUUCCCAACUAUACAGCCCGGCUGCCUUUGACGUCGACAUGUCGCUAUCAUGCAUGCCGCCACAUGAAUAUCAUGAAUCAGCUGAGAAGAGGCCAGUCGAUGGCUCACCCGAUAGUGAAGCGAUUGAGCUUGUUAGGUACAGAUUGGAUCGCUACAGCUGUCUUGCCUUUGCGGGAUAUGUGCUGAUUACGGCGAAUGAUUCUGUAAUCAAAGACUGGUCAAAGGGAGGCAGAGCAAGCUUCCCGUAUGCCGUUUCCUCUGUCAUGCUUGGGGCUGCUGUGGCAUCCUUCUCCAUCGGGCUUCUCGCAGCCUUGGGGAAAGAAGGUGUCAAAGGUGUGCGAUUUGAUCCUUUUUCAGUAGUGAAGGUGGCUAGAGUGAACGUCUUCUUCCAGAUCGCUGGAUUCCUGAAGUUUGCUGCUCUCACCAAAGUUACUCCGGAUGCCGUCUCAAUACUCUCACAGAUGAACCUGUUCCUUCUGGCCCUGGCAGUGAGGCAACAACACAAAAAGGCUUUCUCAACUGAACAGUGGCUCUCUUUGACAAUGAUUUGCUGCGGUGUUGUGUUGUACAUGAGCUCCAGGGAAGGUCAAACCCUGUGGAUAGCAUCCGUAUCAUUUCUCGCCGCUGCAUCGUAUGUGAUGUACAAAGAUACAGGAAAGUCCUACAAGCGGCGAGCACUGGCUCUAGCGCUUCUAGCUUCUGCGUGCACUCUCACGUUUCUGAGCUGGCCGCAGCAGUGGAGUCCUCUUGGAGUAGAGUCAGCAAUGACGUGGUCAGCGGAAAUUUUGAGUGGGUGCCUGUGCAUCUUGGGCAUGUGCUGCUGCGAGACCCUUGCAUCUGUUUUCUUGGAACUCUUCUUCAAGGAGAAGGAGGGUGCGGACCCACAACCGUUUCCGAUACAAAAAAUGCAUGUCGAUUGUUCGAGUAUACUAUUCUCCUGGUGUUGGUUCGCUUGUAACCAUUGGGGCAGUCCAUUUGAUUUAUUCGAAGGCUGGGAUGGUGCCACCAUAGUGGUUCUGCUUGUGAUGGUUUGCAAAGCCUGGCUCGCUGGCCUGGUGGCAAAGUUUCUUGAUUCGGUGAUGAAACAGGUCGCCUCUUGCAUGGCCAUUGCCCUGAUGUUCUUGGAGAUGAACUUUUUUGGGAAUCCUUUCGCAUCCUACGAAAUCGUUAUUAGCGUGGCCACGGUAGUCCUGGCUAUUCUCAACUUUACCAUAUGUUCUUUCAAGAAGGACAAGAAGGAGGAUGAGGACAAGAAGGACGUGGACAAGAAGGACUCGGACAAGAAGGAUGAGGAUGGGAAGUGUACGAAUGAUGAUCAUAAUAAGUGGCCUUCCAACUAUAAGGGGCUUCUUCCGCGCAGCGAGAAGCGCAAGAAGGACGAAGAUCAGUCGAGGUCUUCCAAUUAUUAG